AUGAGGAUACUUUUACUGCUCUUUACUAUUUUUCUUCUACUCUACCAAGGUUCUCCAGUGAGAAGUGACCUUGACGCAGACAGGAUAUGUGGUUAUGGGACUGCUCGCUGCCGGAGGAAUUGUAAAAAAGAGGAAUUCAAAAUUGGAAGAUGCCCCAACACCUAUCCAUGCUGUUUGAAAAAAUGGAAUGCCAACUCAUCGAAUCCUGUAAAAUACUGA